AUUAAUGUGGAACCAGCAAUUUGUGUAUUUAAAAACAAAGAAAAAGAGGAAAAGUGGUGGGAAAAUGCCCCAGUUCCUCAAAUAUUUUGCAGUAGCAGGCAUGACUUUUAAAGGCAACUUUAAAUUUUCAAUAGCAUAAAUAUAUUAAAUCUAGAGAUCUAGCUCCUGAAAACCUAUUGUUGAACUACUCUGAAGCUGUUCUAGUUUGUUAAUUAUUAAUUAGUCUCUUGAUACACAUUGAUUUCUGAAAUAUUCAGUUUAAGUGGAAUGGAGCCCAUCUGAAAAUGUUACACUAUGUUCUGUGUAGGCCAGAUAGUAAAAAUUUGGAAUUACACAAUGGAGUGAUUAGAUCAAGCAUUUAGAGUAUAGAGAACAUUGUACAUACUUCAAUUGCCUGUUUCAAAUGUAUUGGAAUGAGACAGUGACUGCAUUUCUAAUGGCAGAUAGAAAGGUCAGUGGGACUGGGAUAAAGUUACAAACAUUUCCUUUUCCCAGUAACUCAUAAUCUGCUUCAGUAAUUCACCAGUAGGUUUUCAUUUUACAUAAUUACAAUUUAAUAGUCAAGUUCUUUAAGAAAGAAACCUUGAAUAACAUGAGUUGUAUUACUGCUGCUGUAUCUUUAGAUCGAAAAAUAUUUUUACAGCGACUUCCUUUUUCAGUCUGACGUAGUAAUUAUCUACUGUUCCCUUUCCUCAAGGGAAUUACAUCCAUGCAAUAAAUCAGUAGUUAGGUGUUGAGUUUUCCUAAUGUUUCCAACCUUGUUCACAGAUGUGAUUGAUUAGACUUGCAAUUGGACUUCAAUGUGUGGGGAUACUACCCGUCAGCGAAUCAAAUUCAGUGAUGACAGAGUGUGCAAAAGUCAUCUUCUCAACUGCUGUCCUCAUGAUGUCCUCUCUGGAACCAGGAUGGACCUUGGAGAAUGUCUGAAGGUGCAUGAUUUGGCAUUAAGAGCAGAUUAUGAAAUCGCAUCAAAAGAACAAGACUUCUUUUUUGAGCUUGAUGCAAUGGAUCAUCUGCAGUCAUUCAUUGCUGACUGUGACAGAAGAACUGAAGUAGCAAAGAAAAGACUGGCAGAAACACAAGAAGAGAUCAGUGCUGAGGUUGCAGCCAAGGCUGAAAGAGUCCAUGAAUUGAAUGAGGAAAUUGGGAAGCUGCUUGCCAAAGUAGAACAACUUGGAGCUGAUGGAAAUGUGGAAGAAUCACAGAAAGUAAUGGAUGAAGUGGAGAAAGCGAGGGCAAAGAAAAGAGAAGCAGAGGAGGUAUACAGGAACUCCAUGCCUGCUUCCAGCUUCCAGCAGCAGAAACUUCGAGUCUGUGAAGUGUGCUCAGCUUAUCUUGGUCUCCAUGAUAAUGACAGGCGACUUGCUGAUCACUUCGGAGGAAAAUUGCACUUGGGUUUUAUUGAAAUCAGAGAGAAGCUUGAAGAACUCAGGAGAAUUGUGGCCGAUAAGCAGGAAAAACGAAAUCAGGAACGUCUAAAACGAAGAGAAGAACGGGAGAGAGAAGAAAGAGAGAAGUUAAGAAGAUCUCGAUCCCAUAGCAAGAAUCCAAAAAGGUCUAGAUCCCGAGAUCGCCGCAGGCAUCGAUCUCGUUCCUCCUCACGCGAACGCAAGAAAAGGACUCGAUCUAGGUCCCGCGAGAAACGCCACCGCCAUCGGUCACGCUCCACCAGCCGCAGCAGGAGCCGCAGUCACCAGAGGAGCAGGCAUAGCUCCAGAGAUAGGAGUAAAGAACGCAGUUCUAAAAAGAGGUCCUCUAAAGAAAGGUCUUCCAGAGAUCAAGAACGACCAAGAGACCAUAACAGAACAUCACGUGACAAAGAAAGGAGCCCCAGAGAAAAGUCACCCAGAGACCGAGACUGCAAAGAUCGGAAGCGUUCCUAUGAAAGCGCCAACGGCCGGUCAGAAGACAGAAAAAGCUCGGAGGAGCGUGAAGCGGGGGAGAUAUAACUGGCUGUACAUUCACUUGAUUCUUUAGCUUCCUAUGGAGUUGCAUACUGUGGUUUAGUUUACAAUUAUUCAAAGGGACACCAGUGAGCAGUUCCACACACUGAUCAACUCUAGGGUAGAUGAUGUACAGUGUAUAAAAAUGGUUAUAAUGAAGUCUGAAUUGACCCCUUUGAUUGAAGACAACUAAAAGCAGUGUUCUUCUGUUUUCUCCCCUCCAACAAACUUGUAAAACAUAUUUUCAAAGAUUUCACACACGCAAAAAGAAAAACAAUUUUAUGUACUAAGAUGUAGAUCUCAGUGUUUUAUUCUCCUUUUUCAAUACAAGUUAUAGUGAACAAACUAUAUUGUGCUCUUUUUGCCUUGAAUGCUUUCAGACCUUUAUAAGCUCCUCUGAUUUUGCUCCUGUCCUCUCAGCAGCAGCACCGAGUGGUUUUUAAGAGGGAGGGGGGCCCCAAGCUUUUAUUAUCCCUGUAAGUAAGAUUGUGUUCUCUGUUGCUUCUUGAGAGAGCCUCAGAUAUUUGGCAGUAUGUUUAGGUUCGGGACAUGUGCUGAAGAAUACGGAAACGUGUUUUUUUUUAACAGUGCCUCUUUAGACUUGGAAAUUGAAUAGCUAUUGCAUUUCAUCCUUUUUUAAUUUCUAUUGAAACGUUGAAAUCAAAGCCAGUCCCAUAUCUUUUGUACCAUUUGAUUGGUAUGUGUUCAGUAUACUUGUUUUUUUUCCAUAAGACUUUUCCUGCUUUUUCUUGUGGGGUGUAAACUGCACAUCCUUAACUGUACAACAACAACCAAUAAUAAUAAAGAUAAAAAAUAA